AUUCUGUAUUUACAAACAGUAGUAAGCUGGGUAUCAUUAGCUAACACUGCUCAGCACAGGUCUACAACACUUUAAUUUCAAUGCUAAGCUAGCUUCCUAGCUAGCAGCUUAGCUUUGCGGUUGCUAAACUGCUGUAUAGCAACCAGUGCACCCUAUAGCUAGCUUAUACAGUGCUAACGUUAAGGCCAGGUUUCUAAUUAGCUGACGUGACUUGGAUAGUUUGUUCGGGGUUUUUUUCUCCCUUUCAUAUUCAAAAUAGUCUUUCUGUGAUAUCUUGUGUUUUGUAAUAUACUUGAAAUAGUAUAGCUACAGUUAAACUGAGCUCAACGCCAUACUGGCAGGCAUGCGGAUCCGGCUGCAGAGGUCAGGCCAUGCGGCCCUGCUUCUAUCCGAGCUUAACCGCUGCCGCCUGUCACGACUCCUCUGUGACGUGGUUCUGCAGGUUGGAGGUCGAUCCUUCCCUGCCCAUCGUGCAGUGCUUGCAUGUGCAAGUUCUCAUUUCAGCAGCUUGCUAUCUAGGGCCCCAUAUGGCCAGAGUGGCACUCCUCCCACAUUCUCUUUGGACUUCAUCUCUGCAACCAACUUUGAGAAAGUGUUGACUUUCAUUUACACGGGUGAGAUCCUCACUGAUCUGAUAGAUGUCGGUGUGCUGUACGAGUUGGCAGAACGACUGGGUGUCAGGGAGUUGGUGCGGGCUUGCCAUGCCACCUUCCCAGAUAUGAAGAGCUCAGAUGGAGAUGUGGAAACGGACAUGACCCCUGCUAUCACCAUGGCUGCCUCCAUGUGCUCUUCAUCCGUGGCAUCCUGCUCUUCUCUGUCAUCUCCUGCUGCUCCCACUCCGGUCGCACCUUCUCCCCUCCCUCUAAGCCGAGGAAACAGGGUAAACCGCGCUCAUGUCCCCCCCCUCUCACUCUCCCACUCACCUAAAGCAGAGGAUGGCUUUCAGCUACAUCUGAGCUAUAACCAGCUGGCAAGCAACAAACAGAACUCAUUGGAUAACCAUCACUCUCAGGCUUCUGAUAUCCUCCCAGCUCUCAAUUUGCAGCUUAAAACUGAACAGGAAGAAGAGAAAGUGGAUGGGAACCACAGCUCAGAGGAACACGUCAUCAUUAAUGGUAACAAAUCAGCACUUCCUGAAGCAUGUUCCAUUCCUGACUCAUCAGCACAGGCUGGAGGGGAAUCCUGCGCACCAUCAUCAUCCUCUGGUGACCCACUGGAUAGUCUGCAGCUUAGAGUGGUUGAAGGAGGUGUUGGACUUGGGGUUGGGGCAGUCAAAGAUGCCAUUUUGUUCGGGGAAGAAGACGAUGCAGAAAAAAGGAGCCUCCAUGAUGGGCCUCCAGAGGAUGGAGAGCAAUGGAGAGCGCUGGAGGGUGAUGUAAUAGAACUGAGCGACGAUGAAGAAAAUUACAUUGAAGAAGAGGAAGACGACGAAGACCUGAUGUGCAUAGAGAAUGGCAGAAGUGGUGUCUUGGUGAAUCAGGGCCAGUUGGCACCGUCAUCACAGCCCUGUAAAACUUGUGGAAUGUUGUUACAAGCGGAUAAUAGUGUCUUACGCUCUCAUGCAGAGACGCACCUGUCUGAGACUGGCAGCUGCCGGGUGUGCGGCACUUCUUUCCCAGAUCGUGGGUCCAGCAUCGCUCAUGCCCUCACACACGUUGGCAUCCUGUUGUUUUCUUGCGAGAUAUGUGAGUUGCAGUUCUGCACUGAGGCUGAACUGAUCCGGCACAGGCGCCAGUCAGUGGCCCGAUGCAUCCCUCAAAUGCCCGAGCAGUUUAACAAUGCCACUCAGGGGCCUGGAGGGGAACUGCACUGUGCUGCGUGCGCUAAAUCCAUUCCCAAGGAUUUAAAGGCGGUCAGGGAGCAUGUGCAGGGUCAUGUAUGUUUGCGGACGUUGCGUUGUGGUGUGUGCCAGUCAACCCAACCCACGCAAUGUGCUCUUCUGUGGCACACGCUAACACACCUCCUUGCCAUCCACUCCUGCCCACAGUGUGCUUGUCCCUUUCUGGAGCGGCCUCUACUUGACACACACUUAGCCAUGCAUGCUGAACAAGGUGGAGCAGCCAAAGAGGAUGAAGGCAGUCAGGAGAGUACAGAAGGUCAGGGUGAAUUUCAGUGCUUCCUUUGCCCACAGACCUUCCCUUCAGAUGCAGCUUUCCAUUACCACCUGAGCACACAUCCAAGUGAGCCCCAAACAUGGCCGGCCAAGCGCAAGGCAGACCAGCCACUGGAAUUUUCUUCCUCUUCUUCCUCUCCCCUGGAGCCAGGGAGCAUGGGCAAGCUCAGUGGCCUGGGCUUUAACCUGGGCACAUUUAUACCAGACAAAAUGAUUCAAGCUGGUAUGCCGUUCCCUGCUGGACUUUUACAGAAUGGCAGCUCUUCUGGUUGCCCUCAAAUGGGUGCAGUUCUGAAACAGAAGUGGUACCGCUGCAGGUAUUGCGGAAAGCGUUUCGCACACUCCGGCGAGUUCACCUACCACCUUCGCAUCCACACAGGAGAGAAGCCAUACCAGUGCAAGGUGUGCCUGCGCUUUUUCCGUGGCCGCUCCACCAUGAUCUGCCACUUGAAGACGCACGCCGGCGCCCUGAUGUACCGCUGCACUGUGUGUGGCCUGUACUUCUCAACGCUGAAGAUGGUCUCGUCCCACAUGGAACUCCACAAGGACCACCUACCUCCUGACUUCAGCAUAGAGGAGACUUUCAUGUACAACGACCACUCCAAAGAGCCGGUCCCUAAUCUGGACACCUGAAAUUUCGAAUCAUGUGCCUCAGUACUUAUCUGUAACCAUUGUUGAGGACUAAGUAGAAGUAGAAGCUAUUAAAUGUUUGAUGUGAUAGAGACUGGAGAUUGAAGUAGGUACUGUUAUUGAAUUGCCACUUGGUGGCAGCAUUUCUGUAUUCUGAGGGCACACUGACCGGACUGUUCGCGUGGAUGUGAGGUUUGAUUUUUAGUUUAGGAUUACCUCUUGAUGUUCUUCCUUCUACUCAUUCUGUAAUUAAUAUAAGCUGAAUGUAUAUAUUCUAGAGUGUUACAACAGCAUAUUGUAUCACCAGUACAUAUGGUAGUGUAAACGGGCAUUGUAGAAAAAAAUGGAAGAUUCAGUAAGCAGACAAAUGAAGCAGGAUACAAGCCUGUGCUCUGCUUUAAUGCCCUCAUAUAGAGGGUAAUUUUUAUAGAGUUGUGUUUUACUUGGUUAUUUAUUUUUUACACUUUAUUUCAUUCAGUAUAUUCACUCUUUUUGUAUGGUGUGUUUAAAUUCAGCACAAAGUGCUCAUUUAUUAAUCAUGUGUUCUGUAUUAAGACGGUAUCGAGCAAGGGUGAACAUAAAGCAGUCCAUCAAAUCAUAGUGCAGUCUGUAUAGUCCUGUGCAGUCUGUAGUCCUUUUUUAUAAGCUUCCCAAGUGUUCACCUUUUAUUAUAUCGUAUUUUACUGAUAAUUGGAUUGAAAUAGCCAAGAUAAAUUGACACUUUGGUAAAUUUAAAGUUUGUGUAUGCUGAAAGCAGCAGGAAAAAAGUAGCAUUUUUAAUGUCAUUUCUAAUGUCACACACUGGUGACUGGUGUAGUCAGCAAUUCCAGUGUCAGGACCAACAGUGAGUUCAGCCGUAAUAUCUCUUUUGAGAAGUGUAAAAAAUGGUACCCAUGGCCUCUUUAAGUGGGCUAAUUCCACAAUGUGUAAUAUUUUUUUAAUGUGAAAGCAGUAUCUUAUCAUACAAUUUAAGAUCUAUAACUAUUUAUUUAUUUAUAGCUUUUUAUGUUGAUACAUUAUAUUUUGUAAGGAGUGUUUUCAUUAUAAAUAGAAGCAUAUUACUUUGUUCUUGACUGUAUUUGUUUCGUAUGUGUUCUGAAUAAAACUGAGCUGGCAGACAUA